GAUGCAAGUGCCUCCCCAUUUUACACCUUGAGGACAAGCAUGGCGUCGAAUGCAAAGAAGAAAAAGAAACAGCUCAGUAAGGAUGAUUUGAGACGGCUCAUGAAGGAAACAAAGUCAACUGUGACAUCGACAGCAAGUAGAAUAGACUCUCCACUAGCGAAAUAUAACAGCUUAGGUCACCUGUCCUGUGCUUUGUGCAACGUACCAGUGAAAAAUGAAAAGUUGUGGAAGGCACAUAUUCAAGGCAGAACACAUAGAGAGCUUGUUGCCUCCUUAAAGAUGAGGCCUCCAGCCCCUGUGCCUCCAGCCAACACUGCCAAGAGGAAAAUGGUGGACAGUGGACAAGAUGAAGAGGUGAAGAAAUCUAAAGUCACAAAUAAUUCCAGUAAAGGACUUCCAGCAAAUUUUUUUGAGCCAUCAGCUCCAUCUGGUGGUAAAACCAACCAACAGCCUGCGCUUACACUGGGAGACUAUGGGUCCUCAGACGAGGAGGAGGAGGAAAACGCUAAUGAGGAGGGGAGGGAAGGAAUUCCGGCAUCAGCGGCUGGCAACUCUGGGCUGCCAGCAGACUUUUUUGACAGUGGUGUACCCCCUGCUCCCAAGGGGGAAGAAGAAGAAGAGGGGGGGACAACAGUACCAAUGUCUAUGGCUGACAAAUUGCCAGAGGGUUUCUUUGAUGAUGCUAAAAUGGAUGCUAAGGUUCGUAAGGUGGAAUACAGAGACAAGAUGGAGGAUGAGUGGGAGAGUUUCCAGAAAGCAAUGAAAGAGGAGACUGCAGUGUCAGCGGCCAUAAUUGAGGAAGAAGAUGAGAGUGUGACGGUUGAGAGAAAAAUUGAUGAAAUCGAUGAUCAAAUAAAUCGACUGAACACAAUUACAACUCUAGCUCGUCAAAAGGAGGAAGUGAUGUCGAAAGCCAAAGAUACAGAGACCAUGGACUCUAGUGACAGUGAGGCAGAUGAAAGGGAAUUUGAGGGUUUUCUGGACUGGAGAAAUAAGAAAGAGUCUCAUUUAUGAUUCAUUCAUGAUAUCUGUGUGGGAAUGUCUACAAAAAUUCAUUAAUUUUGAUUUCAAACAAGUGAACUUUAAGGCAGUUUUGAGUCACAAGUUAUAGCUCUGAAGGUAAGUACUCACAAAAUUCAAACCAAGUUGAUUUUUAAAUCCAAAUUUUCCCCAGUGUUUUAUUGGGAAUAAUGGAUAAUAAUGAUUUUAAAGUUUUGGAAACAGAGUCGGUUAUAGGUUAUGAGUGAUAAUCUAAGGUCUCAUUCCGCAUGAAACUAAUGUUCUACCUAGAUCAAUUCAACGGAGGACUUACGCUAAAUCCAGUCAGAUUAGCAGGUCUCCUUCUGGCGUUGAGUAAAAUAAAGAAAAGUUGGUAAUAAUACCAGUGCGUUGGAAAGAAGAGGAUGCAAUCUCUCAAUCUGAUUGCAUUCAGCAAGAGUCCCCACGGAGUUGGAUCAAUCUAUGUUGAACAAUAGUUUCAUUGAGA